AUGGCCCCUAACUCUCACAACUCGAACAGUAGCAACUAUGCCGACAACGGUGCUCGUCAAUUCAAUCAGAUUUUCAAUUUACAAUUGUAUCGUCCCUGGUCGCCUUUUGCACCGGAUAUUGCUUUGGAAAUGUUUACAAGAGAUCAUCACGAAGUCGAAGAACUGGGUUCUGCUGCACAGCAAUUCUUAUAUGGCCAAGUUGUGGAUCGCCGUAGCUCAAUAUCCCAAGGGAAGGGUAGCAGUUCGAACCCUGUGUUUUGUUUCCUGAAAGACGGCUGCUUCUCCGAGACUUGUUACUUCGACGUGGAUCUAGAUAAAUGUCUCGCUCAUUAUCCAACCUCCAGAUCUGCCAAACAGGUGAUGGACAUACUCAAUAACACACAAGUCCAGGUCCUCUCCAGCUGGAUCAAAUCCAAGGAAAGUGCGGUCUUAUUGUUAGAUCGGUACAUCGUUACAAAAUCUGGAUCAUGCUGGACCACAGACUUCACGUUAGAGGUGAUAGGUCGCAUUACGCAUUCAAAUGGCAGUAUUGACGCAAGCCAAAGGCCCAGCGCUGUGGUGACAUACUUUUGCGAUGAACGUCUUCGCGCAGGACAAUGGAGACAAGAUAUCGUAGUACAAGAUUUCCUUAUUCAACUUUGCAGAGCUCGCAACGAUUUUUUGCAAGCUCACCACGAUUGCGGUGCACUCCAGCAAACUCAGGAGAUUUUCCACAAAAGACCGACUGGGACUUCUGAGUUGUGGCACUUAUUCCAAAGUUGCGUCACCGCGGCCGGCAUCAAAACCCUUUAUGUGCUGCUCGACAACGUUGACUCUAUUCACGACAGAUCCAGCAGUUCUAAGUUUGAAGACUUCACCGCCAAUCUUCGAACUUUGCUUGUAACUUGCCAAGAGAAAUCAAUUCCGGUGAAGCUGUUGGUGACUAGUAGAUUAGAUAGAACGAAGGCAUAUUUUCGAAAUUUUGGCCUCAGUGUCGGUUAUAUUAAACUCGACUACCCACCUCAACGACGACUGCCGUAUUGA